UCAUAGCUUUCACCUGGAUUAACCUUGUCAGUCUGUCAUGGAAAGAACAGAUGUCCUUAAUGUUUUGUACACUCAGUGUAGUGUAUCUGGCAUGAUAAUGAAGCGCAGUCUUUGACAAGAACUCAUUUUAGGAUGGUCCUUUUCUGUUAUGUAACAAAAGAUUUGUGUACAAUUUGUUUCAUAGUAAAACUCUUCUAAAAUGUGUCUAUGUUAAUACAUUCAGUGGAAGUUUUUUUUCUUCGACAAAGCAGUAUGGGGUAGUUAAAUUUUUAAAAAACUGUAUAUGCCCUAGGAAAAACUUUAUAAUACUCAUUGAAUAAUAUAAAACAAACAACAAUUCAUAGUACUUAUUCCUCAUAUCAAGGAAGUGUAAUCCAUCUGUAAUGGUCCAUUGUAUGUAUGUAAUGUUCUCAGAUGAACUACUUUUAGGUAGGACUAACCCGGGAAAGUCCACUUGAAAAUUGUUCUAUAACAUCAUAACACAGCCAGCCAAUGAGAGAGUCGUCUUCCCUUAAAGGGGAGGGUAUGUAGUUGUUGUGGGCGGGGCUGGCGGUGAUGUCAUUCUAUCAAGUCUGUCUUAAGAUGAGUGAGAGGUUUGGGUCACCAUCAGAAUGCAGAGUAGAGAUUUAGAGUUAAGAAGUUGUUGUGUGGACAAAUAUUUACACUAAGCAAUCCAGGAAGAAGUAGUGACUACUGUGGCUUUUCUGGUGGUUUGAUGAAGGAGAGAUAUUGAAGGCAGCUUAUGGGAAGACUAUCAGCCGAAUUCAACUUCAGUGGUGAGAUCUGCAUUAGGUGGUUACAUUUAACUUGAGUUAACCACAGGAUUUUUUAAGAAUGCUUUAGGCACACAGAGACUGUGCAGAGUAGAAUGAGUUGUUUUGCUUUAGAUAGUGGAAUCGGUAGACUGAAGAGCAGGUAGCUAGGCAUAACCAAGCACAGUCAGUCAGUGCUCUCUCCACCCAUCUCUGCUUGAAGAAGCAUCACAUGCGGACAGCCAUGAAAUUCAACCAGUGUGUACAACAGCAAGCUCCGGAGAACAGCGACAACAAAGUGUGGAAAUGGCACAUACAGGACCCAGCCAGCCAGAGACUGACGUGGAACAAGCCUCCCAAAAGUGUCCUUGUCAUCAAGAAGAUCCAGGAUGCCAGUCUACUGCAGCCUUUCAAAGAGCUCUGUGUGUUUCUCACAGAAAAAAACAUGAUUGUUUACGUGGAGAGGAAGGUUCUGGCGGACCCAGCCAUCGCGGCCGAUGAGAGCUUUGCGGCCGUCAUCCAGAAGUUCUGCACCUUCAGAGAAGAUCUCGAUGACAUCUCCAAUCGAGUGGACUUCAUCAUCUGUCUUGGUGGAGAUGGGACCUUACUUUACGCGUCGUCACUCUUCCAGAAGAGUGUUCCACCUGUUAUGGCCUUCCACCUGGGUUCUCUGGGCUUCCUCACGCCUUUCAACUUUGACACGUACCAGUCUCAGGUCACCCAAAUCAUUGAGGGUAACACCGCCAUCAUCCUGCGCAGUCGCCUGCGGGUGCGAGUGGUGAAGGAGAGCCGAGAGAAGAAGGCCCGGGUGGACGAGAAGGGCAUCAUCAUGACCAACGGAGACAGUGAGGGCAGCCGCAAAGCCAUGCAGUACCAGGUGCUGAAUGAGGUGGUGGUGGACCGAGGCCCGUCCUCCUACCUUUCCAACGUGGACCUCUUCUUAGACGGACACCUCAUCACCACGGUACAGGGAGACGGUGUGAUAGUGUCGACUCCCACAGGCAGCACUGCGUACGCAGUGGCAGCCGGAGCCUCCAUGAUCCACCCCAACGUGCCGGCCAUCAUGAUCACCCCCAUCUGCCCCCACUCACUGUCCUUCAGACCCAUAGUGGUGCCUGCUGGGGUGGAACUCAAGAUCAUGCUGUCACGUGACGCCAGGAAUACGGCCUGGGUGUCAUUCGAUGGGAGGAAGAGACAAGAGAUCUGCCAUGGAGACAGCAUUACCAUCACUACUUCCUGCUUCCCCGUUCCCUCCAUCUGUUUCCGGGAUCCUGUGAACGACUGGUUUGAGAGCCUGGCCCAAUGUUUACACUGGAACGUGAGAAAGAAGCAGAACUACCUUAGCUCCGAGGAGGACGAGUUCUGACGCCAACAAUCUCGCCUCCCGGUGACGCCAUUCUCAUAGUACACCAAAAUCAUAUAACGAUCCUAAAUCUGGAACGCACUCUUUGACUUCAGUUGGAUUCCAUCAGGUCAAUUUGCAACCAACAUCCUCCUGAGAAUAUUUGCAUUAAUUUGUUUUGGUUCUAGAUCAUCCCUUACUGUUAAGAAUUCCACGCCCUUUGAAAAAUAUUGUUUAAAGGGCCUUUUUAUGCCAACAACCAGAUUGUCUCAUGUCUGACUGAAAACAAUCCAGGUUUAAGUUAACCUGUGAGACAAAGUAAUACUGAGCUACGGAUCAAGCUCAAGCUCCUCAACAUAUAACACAGAUAUCAUGACUAUUGUCAGUGGGGACAUUCAUCAAGAACCAAUGUUCUUGGGGAUAAGGAGUUACAAAUGUAUUUUCUAGUAAUGAUUGAUAUUUUUUUAUACAAUCCCUAAAAUAAAAUGUUGUAUUAUUAUUAUUACUUCAGGAAUAGCAGAAGAAUUGCUUCUACUCUGCAAUAAUGAACUAAAUGUAUAGAUUGUGCCUUAAACUCAUAAAUAUGAUAUAGAUCAUAAUCAGUUAAGGUUUAAAUAACUUUAAUUUUCUUAAUCAGAUUUACAUCUUAGUGCAGGUGUAACAUAACCAUAUCUUCAGUAUUCCUCUCUUGUACAAGCCAUUUGAGAAGCUUGAAUAUAUGUUCAUCUUACAUUAAUGUUGCGUAUCUUAACUACUCUGUCUACAACAACGCUGUGGUGUCUGACCGUGUGUAAUGUCAAAACAGUAUGGAACAAACAUUAAGAACUGAAGUCCAUUCCAGGUGAGAUGAGACCACAACUCGAUGUCUUCAUAGCCUUUCACUAGCUCUACUAUGUCUUUAGUUUCAGAGUGAAGUGGGGUGCAUAAGGUGAUUCCAUUGUAAUUCCAUUGUUUACAAUCAAAGCGAUUGUGAUUCUACAGGGUUUUUACCACCCAACUGAAUAAUUAGCUCAGUUGGUGAGGUAAUGAGUAGAGUCUGGUGUAGUGUCUGGAUGGACCUAAACCUUGCUGUGCCUGUGGCACUCCAGGACCAGUGUUGUCCACCCCUGACCUAUGGUGUCUGACUGUUAUUGCAGUAUGCUGAGAGAUUGAAGGUAUUCAGAUGCUACCAGUCGUAGGUAGUGGCCUGCCUUACCAAAUGAGACUGCAAUACUCAACCCUCUUAUUGACAAGCUCUGAAAUACCGACUUGAUAAUAUAAUAAAAUAUUCUAUUAUGGUUUGAGGGUUUUUCUUCUAUCCUACAGACAACUAAUUAUAGUGUAUAUGAGUUUACUACAUACAUUAUGAAUGUGUAUGUUAAAUGUACUUGUUGGAUGGGCAAGUGAAAUUUCCCCCAAUGGAAAAACUGAUCUAAGCUCUGUGGAUACCAGCGCACCACACUCUGCAAGAGGACCAGGUAACUCUAACUCUAGUCAAUCAAUCAUUCCUGUAUUUUCUAAUUUAUUUAUUAACCAGUUUACACUAUCAUUGCUGAAAUAUAAAUGUCUUUGGUACGUUUUUGUAUAUUGAUAUGUAUAUGAUUAGUACAGUAAAAGUCAGUUUCACUAUAUUAUCUAUUUUCUCAAAGUAGAAAAUAAAAUGUCCUCUUUCAAUGGAAUUUGGAGUGGAGUCUGUUCAAGUUGUAAUGGCAGUCCCUUCAGUUGUUAGGGAGAUGUUGUUUGGAAAGGAAACAUUUGGAAGAAAUCUGUUUCUUUGUAUGCUACUAUACUUUAUUUUUCAGAGAGCACAGUGUGUUUCUCUCCUGAAGUAAAGGCAGUCGUGGACUUUGCCUUACAAACCAGCCGAUAACUAAAGAACCAUGGUUACACUGAAAUCAUAUAAACUUCUAUUUAUAAACAAUGUGAUAUCAUUGUGGGUCCUUUUGGAUGAAGGACCUUAUUCUUAUUGUUCUUUCUAUGUCAGUUCUUCUCUUUAAGUGCUUCUCACUUUUAACUUUGUUUUGUAGACUUCUAUAACUCUGAGAGCCUAUCACUCUUUUGUAAAUAUUGUUUCUGAAAGGAGUUCUAUUUUUCCAGAGCACUGUAAUAAACCGAGCCAAUGUAUUGUCA